AUGCCCAUCCCCCCCACGUCGUCUGGCAGAAAAGCAGCUCGCACAGCACAUCACAUAACCAAAGCAGAACCACGUACACGUGUUACUUCGCCGUACUUUCAUGACGAAGGCACACAACGCUUGCCCGACUAUCUUGUUCCGAACCUGGACGUGGUCUUCUGCGGGAUCAAUCCAGGCACGGAAUCGGGCGCUCAACGUCGGCACUAUGCACACAGAUCGAAUCAUUUCUAUCGCUGUGUACAUGCGGCCGGCCUUACCGCACGUCUGUAUACGCCGCAGGAGGAUCAUUUGUUUCCCCAUGCAACACCCUAUCGUCUGGGCCUGACCAACCUAGCACAUCGGCCUACUGCUCGCAGUGAGCAGCUCACACGUGCGGAGCUAGAGCAGGGAGUGGUACCUCUUCUUCGGAAAGUAGGUGAAUACUAUCCACGCAUCGUGUGCUUUGUCGGGAAACACAUUGCUGAAGUGGUGCUUCGUAUCGUACGAAAGACUUAUACCCUCACAUCUCAUACCUGGAACGGUCCACCUGAUCUCCUUUGUGCGGAUUCUGCGAUGUGCACUGAGCCUACCACCUCCGCGGUGUCGCAGCGUGAUCGUGGGUACGGUCUUCUCCCUUUGUGCAUUCGUCAUGCGCAUGGGUAUACGUACUUGUUCGUCACACCGUCGACUAGUGCACGUGUCACGCAUCACCAGCUGGACGGCAAAAGUCGGAUUAUGUCGUACCUUGUCCCUAUCCUCUCAAGCUUGGGCGAGAACUCUACAAGUAACACGACGUCGACUCCGUAUGUCAUUCCAUGCUUGGAUAUCUCUACGUCCUCACUACGAACGUGA